CAUCGGCAAUGAAUUCAGCCAAUGAAUUAUGAAAUGCUCCAACCGGGAGCCUCUUUUAUGGAGCCUUGUUCACGUAUGGAUGAUGGUGAAAAGCGAACCGGAUACAAUUAAGCUGCCGCAUCAAGGUUAGGGUAGGGUUACGGUUGUUCAUGAUUGCGUAAGAUAAUAUUGACAGAGGGCCGUAUCGAGUUACAUACAUUUGAUUCGUUAACACGACGAGUUUUGUUGACUUUAGGCUGCAUGCUUAGGCAAGCAACAUAUGUACUGCUGUAUUCUCCUUACUGAAAUUAAAAGCCUUAAAGAAUGACUUCUGAGAAAUCUCCGGUUAAAAAUCCAGAAAUCCAAGUUAUGAAGCAAAGAAUAUCGAAAUUCUUUUCAGAGCAUGGUCGACUUUACGGUCUGAAUUUUAAACCGCGAUCAGACGAUGUGUUCGUUGUAACUUGGCCAAAAUGUGGCACAACAUGGAUGCAACAGAUCUUACACCAGCUACGAAGUGGUGGAGAUAUGUCAUUUGAUGAAAUCUCUGAUGUUGUUCCAUCCCUAGAAGGUGCUUAUGAUACAGAGAGAGACCUUGAAGCUGAGCACAAUUUUCAACCACGAUGUUACAAGACCCACGCUUGGUAUCCCGACUGUCCCAAAGGUGCUAAAUACAUUGUCAUCUAUCGUGAGCCAUGUGCUUGUUUCAGCAGUGGCUUCAACUAUCUCAAAGGCUGGUUUUUUCAACCUGGAGAGAUUUCCCUCCAUGAAUUUGUAGUAGAUUAUGCGCUCCCACGAGAACUAAUAAACAGAAUGGGACCUGCACCAUAUUUUGCCCACCUGCUGAGCUGGUGGGAACACAGGGACGAUCCAAAUGUUUUGUUUUUGUUCUUCGAGGACAUGAAAGACGACUUGGAGAGCGCAGUCAGAAAGGUUGCAUCGUUCAUAGGAAUUGAAGACGACGAAAGAAUUAAAAAAGCUGUUCAAAUGAGUUCCUUUGAAUUCAUGAAGAGCAACGAGAGGAAAUUUUCGUCGGCAAUUUCAUCGAAAUAUCGGAAUAAAAUUUGUGGUGUAGCAGACGAAACAGUGGUUCGAAGUAAGGUCGUCACAGGAUCUGCGACUAAAGGACGAGAAAUGAUGGAUGAGAAGACUAAAGAAAUGAUUCAGGCAAAGUGGAAUGAGGUGGUUUGGAAACAGACUGGAUUUCAAGAUUACCAAGAGCUGAGAAACGCAUUCAAAAAGCAAAACGAAUGAAUGAAUUGAAAUAAAUGAAAUUGCAUGCAUAUGGUCAUUUGUCAGUCAAAUAGCUCGUCUAAAACAAAUGCGAGAAAGCGAUUGUAUAUGCCAGAAAUUCAAACCAAUGAGCGCCAUAUUGACAAUUCAAAUAAUUGAAAUACUUGAUACGCCAUAUUAUUGAUCUAUUCAGUCAAGGAUACACAUUUUAUAAUGUGUUGUGAAUGUUAUAUACCGAAGCGAAGCUGAACUUGAAGCAUAUAAUAUCUACCGAGUUCUGACACAUUAUAUAAUGUGUUUUUUUUCGAUAGCCUUUUAAUGCUUAAGUCAACAUUUUUACUAACAGUGGA